CUUUUUAUGGUUUUGAAGUGGCAGCGGCAAUUCCCAGACAAAGACAAACGCGCCUCAGACACCGUAUAAGGAGAAGCAACCUAUCACCUAUGACUUCGAUCGGGUAGUUUUUUAGGGUUUUUAAAGAUUCUUAUUCAUCGGAGAUUUUUGUUCCCAGCUAGCUCCAUUUAGAUGAUGUUGUCGAAAGUUGAAGCUGGGAAGAAGACUGGUGAGGAUUCAAGUAAUAGGAAGUUGUUAAAUGAGAUUGAAGCUAUAAGCAAAGCCCUAUACCUAGACAAAAAUCCAGCUAGGAGUUCAAUUCCUAAGGUCAAUACUCGGUCCAAAUCGACUGGAACAGCCCACUUAUCCGAUCCCAAUUCGAAGCUUAAACAUGGUGAAGAUGACUCGUCGCGCAAGGAGAAGGAGAAGGAGAAGAAGUCGUCCAUUUGGAAUUGGAGGCCUUUGAAGGCCUUUUCCCAUAUCCGAAACCGUAGGUUUAACUGUUGUUUUUCUCUCCUAGUCCAUUCAGUUGAAGGGUUGCCCUCGGAUUUCAAUGGUAGUAGUCUUUGUGUGCAUUGGAAGAGGCGAGAUGGGAUCUUGGUGACUCGUCCAGCAAAGGUUUUGCAAGGCAUGGUGGAGUUUGAAGAGAAAUUGAAUCUUACAUGCUCAGUUUAUGGUAGUCGGAGUGGACCACACCAUUCGGCAAAGUAUGAGGCGAAACAUUUUUUGCUCUAUGCUUCUGUGUAUGGUGCGCCAGAACUUGAUUUGGGGAAGCAUCGGAUUGAUCUCACAAGGUUGCUGCCUCUGACUUUGGAGGAAUUAGAGGAGGAAAAGAGCCCAGGGAAGUGGUCGACAAGUUUUAAAUUAUCGGGAAAAGCUAAAGGUGCAUUGAUGAAUGUUAGUUUUGGAUAUUUAGUGAUUGGUGAUAAACCUGCUGCUCCUGGAAGCCCUGAGGUGUUGAAUACAAGGCAGAAUAGUCGGAGUAUUGUUAAAGCAGAGAUGAAAUUUGGUCAAGGUGAUGGCUGGAGCAGAAUUCAGCAUGUCGGAAGUCUUCCUAGCAUAACAAACCAGCCGUCUGGUGUUGCAUCACGGUCUGUGGAGAACGUAAAAGAUCUUCAUGAGGUUUUGCCUAUAUCAAGGUCAGAACUUGCCAGUUCAGUAGAUAUUCUGUAUCAGAAAUUGGAUGAAGAUAAGAUGGAUUAUCCAGUUGACAAGCCUGAACUUAAUGCCUUUACGGAACAUCUUGACCCCAUCAAACCAUAUUCCGAUCCUAUAUCUGAAUCUGGUAAAGAAAAUGUUGAAACUGAGUGUGAAGAUAAUGAGUUUUCUGUAAUUGAACAGGGCAUAGAAUUGCCAUCAAAGGAGCCUGUGAAUUCAGAGGAAUCAAUUAUAGAGGUUGCUGAUGCUGCUCCAGUAGAAAGUCCCAACAUUGAAAUUGACACUGGUGUACAGGUAGCUUUUGAGGAUGGCACUAAGCUUGAAACCAAGGAUGACGAAAUGGGCCGAUGUGAUAAUGAGCUUGUUUUGCAUGACUGCACUUCCGAAGACGAUGUCACAUGCACCAAAGGAGCACUCAUGAAAGAAUUAGAGUCAGCUUUAAAUACUGUGUCAGAAUUGGAGACAGCAGCAUCAGAAUCUCCAGAAGACCAUGAGAACUAUUUGGACUUUGAAUCAGAUUAUAAAACAACUAGUAAGGGGAAGUCAAUUAGCUUGGAUGAUGAUACUGAAUCCAUUGCGAGCGAGUUCUUAAACAUGCUGGGAAUAGAACAUAGUCCGUUUGGCUUGAGUUCUGAGAGUGAGCCUGAAUCCCCAAGAGAGCGACUGUUAAGACAAUUUGAGAAGGAGGCCCUUGCUGGGGGAUGUUCUUUAUUUGAUUUUAAUGAAGGCAGUGGUGACCAAGUAGAAUGUGGCUACAAUGAUCCAAGUGACUCUGGGUGGGGGAACUUGUCCGUGGAUUCUGAACUCUCAUCAGUGAUUCAGGCUGCCGAGGAAGAGCAUCAGAUAGCAACUCAGGCAGAAAGGAGCAAAACAAGGGCUAAAAUGUUGGAAGACCUGGAGUCAGAAGCCUUAAUGCGUGAGUGGGGCUUGAAUGAGAAUGCCUUUCAACAUUCUCCACCAAAAAGCUCUGGUGGUUUUGGGAGUCCAAUUGAUAUACCUCCUGAAGAUCCAUCCGAAUUGCCUCCUCUUGGAGAAGGGUUAGGCCCUUUUCUUCAAACAAAAAAUGGAGGAUUUGUCCGCUCUAUGAAUCCUACCCUUUUCAAGAAUGCUAAAAAUAAUGGGAGCUUGAUCAUGCAGGUUUCAAGUCCAGUUGUGGUACCUGCAGAAAUGGGUUCUGGGAUAAUGGAAAUAUUGCAGUGUUUGGCUUCAGCGGGAAUUGAAAAGCUUUCUAUGCAGGCAAAUAAGUUGAUGCCUUUGGAAAAUAUCACUGGGAAGACAAUGCAGCAAGUAGCAUGGGAAGCUGCACCCACUUUGGAGGGACUUGAGAGCCUAUCUUUGUUGCAGCAUGAAUCAGUCAUUGAUCAAGACAUGUUUGAUGGGCAAAAGAUAAUUAAAGGGAGGUCAGCCAGACCCAGGUCUAAUAACUUGGGUUCUGGCUCUGUAGGCAAUGAAAUGGGCUCAGAAUAUGUCUCCCUUGAGGAUCUUGCUCCUUUAGCUAUGGAUAAGAUUGAAGCACUUUCAAUGGAAGGGUUGAGAAUACAAUCAGGGAUGUCAGAUGAGGAUGCACCUGCAAACAUUAGUGCACAGUCUAUUGGGGAAAUUUCAGCUCUCGAGGGUAAGGGGAUUAACAGCAGUGGGUCCCUAGGUUUGGAGGGAGCUGCUGGAUUGCAAUUGUUGGACAUAAAAGACGGUGGUGAUGAUGUUGAUGGGUUAAUGGGCCUCUCGUUAUCUCUUGAUGAAUGGAUGAGGCUGGAUUCUGGUGAUAUUGAUGAUGAAGAUUGUAUCAGUGAACGUACUUCUAAAAUUCUUGCAGCCCAUCAUGCUAACUCUUUGGAAAUGAUCCGUGGAGGUUCAAAGGGUGAGAGAAGACGGGGCAAAGGCUCUAGCAGAAAGUGUGGUUUACUGGGGAACAACUUCACGGUAGCACUUAUGGUGCAACUUCGUGAUCCUCUACGGAAUUAUGAGCCUGUUGGUGCACCAAUGCUUUCUCUUAUUCAAGUAGAGAGGGUAUUCGUCCCACCAAAGCCCAAAAUAUACAGCACAGUUUCACAGGUAAGGAACAGUAAUGAGGAGGAGGAUGAGUCCGAGUCAGCAGAAAAGGAGACAAAGGAGGAAACUAAAGAAGAUAAACCUUCUGAAGAGGAAGGCAUUCCUCAGUUUAGAAUCACUGAAGUCCAUGUUGCAGGUUUGAAAACUGAGCCUGGAAAAAAGAAGCUUUGGGGUACCUCAACCCAGCAGCAAUCUGGUUCCCGCUGGUUGUUAGCUAAUGGAAUGGGAAAGAGCAACAAACAUCCAUUUAUGAAGUCAAAGGCUGUUUCUAAGUCCGCUGCCCCGUCAACAACAAAAGUGCAACCUGGUGAUACCUUGUGGAGCAUCUCAUCUCGUGUUCAUGGUACUGGAGCUAAAUGGAAGGAAUUGGCAGCAUUAAAUCCACAUAUACGGAACCCUAAUGUUAUUUUACCAAAUGAAACUAUCAGGCUGUGCUAAGUGGUGCAUGCAAUUUGAUCUGGCUUGUGAUGGGUUUCACCCUUCAACAAAAAAUGGUUGAUCUCAUUGUUUUUGCUAGUCGAGAUCGGUAAAUAUUUGUUAAUCACGGGCAAGAUUUAUUAGUUCAUCUUGCAAUGAGAUUGCUAUGGAAUCCAUACCUUAAAUGGCUUGAGACAGAACAAGGUUGGUGAGUUCUGCUUGUGGGGUGUUCUCUUGUAUCUACUGCAAAUAUGGUCAACGGAUAUUUAUACAUGCAAUACGGGAUGAAAGAUGAUUGGUUUUGCCAUAUCUUCAUAUUUUUUCUUCUGUAAAUCUGUUAUCUAUGUAAUUAUGCAUGCUUGAAUUGUUAUUUAUGUACUAUUGAAGGCAUAGUUUCAGCCCACCCACAUUAGCCAGUAUUUGCAUGCAAAAAUAAUGUUACAGUUGUGGUCUUCGUAGCAGCACUCAGUGGAUUGUUUAGUGUGCUGAAGAAUGGAGAGAAUUUGUCACAGUAACUUUAAUGAAGUUUCCUUCCCUGUCUUUUAUAUUUUAA